AGGGCUCAGCUGAUGGCUUUGGGGACAACUCCUCUGCCACCCAGACCAACGUGGGUUCCCCAAGAGGGAUGAAGGACAAAAAUCCCAAUGGAGCCGAAGGGAAUGCUCCCAGCAUCAAGAGAACUGCAGACACCAUGGUUAACGGAGCCAUGAAGCCUCCACGGAGCCCCCGACCCUGAGCCGUGCACCGCAGCUCCUGCAGACAGCAUGAGGCUGCUCCGCCGCCGCUACAGCCCGCUGAAGGUGGCCCUGGUGGGCGCCGUCUUCCUCCUCUUCCUCUUCAUCCUACAGAGGGACGUCGGGGACGGCGACCCGCGCGAGGAGCCCUGGUUGAAGAACAUCGUCGAUGGGAAGGACCAGGUCAUCGACCUGAUGCUGGGCGCCGUGCACAACCUCCGCGACUCCAUGCCCAAGCUGCAGAUCGGGGCCCCGGUGCCCCCGGAGGAGCCGCCCCGCAGCGCCCGCUCCUGUCCUCCCGGCUUCUACACGGCAGCAGAGCUGCGCCCGCUGCUGGAGCGACCCCCCCAGGACCCCUCCGGCCCCGGGGCUGAUGGCAAAGCCUUCAAGAAGGAGCAGUGGACGGCAGAGGAGAGCAAGGAGAAGGAGCGAGGCUACGAGAAGCACUGCUUCAACGCCUUCGCCAGUGACCGCAUCUCCCUGCAGCGUGCGCUGGGACCCGACAGCCGCCCUCCGGAGUGCAUCGACCAGAAGUUCAAGCGCUGCCCGCCCCUCCCCACCACCAGCGUCGUCAUCGUGUUCCACAACGAAGCGUGGUCCACGCUGCUGCGCACGGUGUACAGCGUCCUGCACGCCUCGCCUGCUGCACUGCUCAGGGAGAUCAUCCUGGUGGACGACGCCAGCACGGACGAAUAUCUGAAGGACGAGUUGGAUCGCUAUGUGAAGCAGCUGCAGAUUGUGCGGGUGGUGCGGCAGGCGGAGAGGAAGGGGCUGAUCACAGCCCGGUUGCUGGGAGCCAGCGUGGCGAGCGGCGAGGUGCUCACCUUCCUGGAUGCACACUGUGAGUGCUUCCAUGGGUGGUUGGAGCCCCUGCUGUCCCGCAUCGCCGAGGAGCCCACAGCCGUUGUCAGCCCUGACAUCACCACCAUAGACCUCAACACCUUCGAGUUCUCCAAGCCAGUGCAGUAUGGAAAGCAGCACAGCCGGGGCAAUUUCGACUGGAGUCUCACUUUUGGAUGGGAGGUCGUGCCACCCCGUGAGAGGCAGAGGAGGAAGGACGAGACUGUCCCCAUCAAGUCCCCGACCUUCGCCGGUGGUCUCUUUGCCAUCUCCAGGUCAUACUUUGAGCACAUCGGUUCCUACGACGACCAGAUGGAGAUCUGGGGGGGAGAGAACGUGGAAAUGUCUUUCAGGGUCUGGCAGUGUGGGGGUCAGCUGGAGAUCAUCCCCUGCUCUGUUGUGGGCCACGUCUUCCGCUCCAAGAGCCCCCACACCUUCCCCAAGGGCACGCAGGUCAUCUCCAGGAACCAGGUCCGCUUGGCUGAGGUCUGGAUGGAUGAUUACAAGGAGAUCUUCUACAGGAGGAACCAACAGGCUGCACAGAUGGCCAGAGAGAAGACGUAUGGUGACAUUACAGAACGGCGCAGGCUGAGGGAGCGGCUGCACUGCAAGAACUUCACCUGGUACCUGCAGAACAUCUACCCCGAGAUGUUCGUCCCCGACCUCAACCCCACCUUCUACGGAGCAGUAAGUGCAGGAACGCGACGACCUCAAUGAGGGCGCAAAAAAAAA